AUAUUGUACGAAUUAACAUCUGCCAUAAAUGGAAGACGCAUAUCAAUUUUAACAUCGAUAAAGAAAAGCAAGGUGCAUCAUGGGAGACAUGAAGCAGUUUUUAUAUGCCUGGUUGGGAAAACGUAAAGCAACACCGGCAUAUGAAUUUUCCCAGACAGGAUCGAAGCACAAGCCAAGGUUUAAGUGUGAGGUGAGAGCUGAUGGCUUUGACUACCUUGCUGUUGGAAAUUCCACAAAUAAAAAGGACGCCCAGACGAAUGCUGCCAAAGACUUUGUUCAGUAUCUAGUACGACAGGGACUAGUCCAGCAAGCCGAAGUUCCAGCGCUCGAGAUGCCUUCUGUUGGUCAGAGUGAGAGAGAGCCGGGGAUCUCUGGGGGGCCGGGGUUUGUAGGCCUGCCAGGAGGACUAAAUGCACCACAUCAGUCAUUGGGACUAGAUGGAGGUGGAAACGAAGAAGGAGAGUUCAGGCAGCAGCAGCGAGAAGUUGCUCCGUAUGAGAGAGGGCCACCACUUAGUUAUCUAGAAAGAAUUGCAGAGAAGCGAGUGUUAGAGGAGUCGGAGGAUGUUGAUUUUAACGCGGACAUUCACGGGAACUGGACUUUGGAGAAUGCUAAGAGUCGACUUCACCAGUUUUUGCAGCAGAAUAAGAUCCAGACAGACUAUAAGUACAGUAUGGUCGGACCUGAUCACAACAGGAGCUUUAUUGCAGAAAUGAAGUUCUAUGUAAAUAGGAUUCGCCAAAACAUUCAUGCCCGAGAACAUGGAUCUAAUAAACAGGUGGCCUCUAAGUCCUGUGCUUUGUCCCUGGUGCGUCAACUGUAUCACAUGGGGGUCAUCGAGUCUUACACGGGGCAAACCAAGAAGAAGGACCAGGACAAGUUGGAGCUGUACGAAGUGUCUGUUCACCCUGAUGCUCUGGAACUCGUAGACAAAGCAUUACAGGAGUGGAACAUUGAACCUGUACCUCCAGGCGCUGACCCUAGUCAACCACACUCUCUCGUCACACGAACCACCCUAGAGGAGUUUGAACCCCAGCCGAAGAGGAACAGUUCGGGAGUGGUGCCCUGGUCCCCACCCCAAGCCAACUGGAACCCUUGGUCUGCAUGCAACAUUGAUGAAGGACCACUAGCCACAGCCACCAUGCCUCAGAUCAGUGAGGAUUUAUACAACAACCAGGAACAGGCUAGGGAGCAUAAUGAGAACCUGAAAGCGAUGAUGGAAGACCGUGCUAAACUGCCGGUCUAUCAAUCUCAUGACCACAUACUUCAAAUAAUCGAAGAAAGUCCUGUUACAUUAAUCCGUGGAGAAACAGGGUGCGGGAAAACGACGCAGGUCCCUCAGUAUAUACUGGACAAGGCCAUUGAAAUGGGUGUAGGAGCAGACUGCAGUAUAAUAAUCACUCAACCACGCAGAAUCUCAGCUGUUUCCAUCGCUGAGCGUGUUGCUCAGGAGCGAGGGGAGGAGCUCGGAAUCAGCACCGGUUACAGUGUGCGAUUUGAGUCUAUAUUCCCAAGAUACUAUGGAUCCAUUCUAUACUGCACAGUGGGAACUUUAUUGAGGAGAUUGGAGAAUGGAAUGAGAGGAAUCUCGCAUGUGAUUGUAGAUGAAAUCCAUGAAAGAGACAUUAAUACUGACUUUCUCUUGGUGUUGUUGAGGGAUAUGGUACACGCCUAUCCCCAGCUGAGGGUCAUUUUAAUGUCUGCUACUGUCGACACUACUCUCUUCACUGAGUACUUUGGCAGUUGCCGGGUGGUAGAGGUGUAUGGCCGUACCCAUCCUGUCCAAGAGUACUACCUGGAAGACUGUAUACAAAUGGUGGGCUUUAUUCCGCCCCCAAGUGACAAAAAGAGGAAGAAAGACAAGGAAGAAAUAGGAGAGGAGGGGGACCAAGAGGAAAACUGUAACUUGUUAGUGAACAAUGAGUACUCGGAGCAGACAAGACGUGCCAUGGCAAUGUUGAAUGAAAAAGAGAUGUCAUUUGAACUGAUAGAGGCCCUUAUCCGAUACAUCAAGACUUUAAAAAUACCUGGAGCUAUUUUGAUUUUCUUACCUGGAUGGAACCUGAUAUUUGCUUUGCACAGAUACUUAGAGACCCACCCAGAGUUUGGUGGCCCUAUGUACAGAGCUUUGCCCCUUCACUCUCAGAUUCCCCGUGAAGACCAACGAAAAGUGUUUGAACCAGUCCCAGAUGGAGUCACAAAGAUCAUUCUGUCUACUAACAUCGCGGAGACAUCUGUCACAAUCAACGAUGUUGUUUACGUGAUUGACUCAUGCAAGGCUAAAAUAAAGCUGUUUACAUCCCACAACAACAUGACAAAUUACGCCACUGUUUGGGCCUCCAAGACCAACCUGGAACAGCGACGGGGCCGGGCAGGGCGUGUCAGACCGGGCUUCUGUUUCCAUCUCUGCAGCCGGGCCAGGUUUGAAAGGUUGGAGCAGCACACCACCCCUGAGAUCUUCAGAACUCCCCUCCAUGAGCUGGCCCUGGCUAUCAAGCUCCUGAGACUAGGAUCAAUCAGCACCUUUCUGACCAAAGCCGUGGAGCCCCCUCCAAUUGAUGCCGUCAUUGAAGCUGAGGCCUUGCUUAAAGAAAUGCGAGCUCUUGAUAGCAAUGAUGAGUUAACUCCCCUUGGAAAAAUUUUGGCAAGACUUCCUAUUGAACCAAGGCUGGGGAAAAUGAUCAUCUAUGGCUGUAUAUUCUACUGUGGUGAUGCGAUGUGCACCGUUGCUGCCAGCACCACAUUUCCGGAGCCUUUCAUUACACCAACAGAUCGAAGACGUCUGGGUUGGGUUCACAAAUCACUGGCUGGGAAUCGCUUCAGUGACCACGUAGCACUUCUCAAUGCAUUCAACCUGUGGGAGGAUGCAAGGAGCGGGGGAGAGCAGAAUGAGAUGUAUUUCUGCGACCAGAAGUCCUUAUCCAUGCAGACCCUCAGAAUGACUUACGAAGCCAAGCGACAGCUCUGUGAUAUCCUCGUCAAUGUCGGCUUCCCUGAGGAAUGCAUGACUCCCCUGGUCUUCAAUUUCAAUGGCCCAGACAGAAACCUAGAUAUGAUAAUAUCUUUGCUGUGUAUGGGUUUGUACCCUAAUGUGUGUUAUCAUAAGGAGAAGAGGAAAGUUUUGACAACGGAGAGCAGGGCAGCCCUGGUUCACAAAUCUUCAGUCAAUUGCUCCAACAGAGAAGUGAAAUUCCCUUCACCAUUCUUCGUCUUUGGUGAAAAGAUCCGUACAAGAGCUGUAUCAUGUAAACAGAUGUCAAUGGUGUCUCCUCUACAACUGUUGAUGUUUGCAGCAAGAAAUGUCACCCAAGAGGAGGGCAACAUAAUCCUGGAUAAAUGGAUCAACUUAAAGCUGGAAUAUGAAGCAGCAGCUAAAAUCGUAGCUCUGCGUCCGGCACUGGAGGCCCUGAUGGUACGAGGCACUAAUAAUCCAGAGGGCGUUCAGAACCCGGGGCCCCAGGAGGAGACUCUAAUGUCAGCUGUAAGAUCCCUGUCACGCCCCAGUGCUGGGAGGUUCAACCUCAGAAGUGAAGACACUGGAGAACCACCUUUUAAGAUGGCUCGGUUUGAUGGUGGUCCAUCUAGAGGAGGGGGGGUUAGAGGAGGUUAUGGUGGGGGAAUGUCUAAUUACGGAGCAGGAGGAGGAUAUAGGGGGUUUAGAGGAGGACGGGGAGGAUUCAACAGGGGUGGAGGAGGAUAUGGAGGUGGAAGAGGGUAUGGUGGGGGAGGAAGAGGUUUUGGAGGAGGAGGAGGAAGAGGCUAUGGAGGUGGAGGAGGAAGAGGUUUUGGAGGAGGAGGAGGAAGAGGCUAUGGAGGUGGAGGGUUCAGAGGGGGCUACUAAAAACAGCAAUGUCAGAAUGAUUGUUUUAGUAUUCAGUGACUUAAAUGUUUAAUCAUGACUUUUACAGAUAUUUGUUGUUAAUAAAUGUGCAAUUUUUGUAUGUUAAGCCAUACUAUUAAUGCUAUUCAUUGAAUAAAGAAUUUGCAUUUCA